AUGAAGACGUGGGUGAGAGAAGCAACAAAACGCGUGCACCAACCGCACUUCGGACCCAAGCUCGAGUACAAGGUGGACAAAUCCCUGCUUGAUCCUGCCUUACAAUCGGCAUUUGUGCAGCUCGAAUGCGAUAAAGCAACCUGCUCGUUCCUGGAUACCUGUACUUCUGGAAGUCUAUGGGAAUCGCUGAGCUCCAGCUUGCUCGGACUCUUUUACUCCCUGACCGACGUUAAUGGAAUUCUCGGACGUGGUCAGAUGUUCGUACUCUCACGUGCUCAAGUCCAGCAACUUCUUCACUUGCAGCAGCCUGAGGUUGGAAGCAGGACAUCGCUGCUCGACAUUGGAGCUGGAGACGGCAAUGUGACAGCGUCACUCGCCUCGUUCGUCGACCAAGUGACCACGACUGAAGCUUCGGCUCCCAUGCACGAAUUCGUGCAGUCGCGUAAGCCGUACAGCAUCAUAAGCAUGCUAAACGUCCUCGAUCGCGCAGAUCGGCCCCUUACAAUGCUUCGCGACAUCCGUGAACUGCUGGAGCCAGAGACUGGUGUCUUUCUACUAGCUGUAGUCCUGCCAUUCUCAGCGUUCGUUGAAGUGGGCACGCAGCGCCUCGCACCGGCUGAAACGCUGUCAAUGCAAGGCGGACUAUGGGUGGAGAACGCGGCAUUUGAGGUAGCAGCCAACCUGCUGUGGUGCAAUGUGUUGCGUCCUGCAGGCUUCAAGCUCCGCCAUUUCAGUCGCGUGCCCUACUUGUGUCGGGGCGACCUCCACCAACCGUAUUACGUGCUAUCCGACGCGAUUUUCGUCCUACAAGUUGGCGAUAAAGGAGCUGCUGGAGGAGGACGAAGCUAA